AUGGCGAAUCAGACGGCCAAUUACUAUGGGGACGUUUAUCAAAGGAAUCACACGGUGUCGACGGACAACAGAGAUACGCAAACGGAAUACUACCUACCAAGUUGGACGGAUCUCGGUCUGGCGGGCCUGUUCAUCAUGUUGAUCUUCGUCACUAUAGUGGGCAACACUUUAGUAAUUGCUGCUGUGAUAACAACUAGGCGGCUACGGUCUGUUACUAAUUGUUUCGUAUCCAGUUUGGCCGCUGCGGAUUUAUUGGUUGGCUUGGCAGUGAUGCCACCGGCCGUAUUGCUACAGCUCACAGGUGGUACUUGGGUGUUGGGUGAAGUACUUUGCGACUCGUGGGUCUCCCUCGACGUUCUCCUCUGUACUGCCAGCAUUCUCUCGUUAUGCGCCAUAUCCAUAGACAGGUACCUAGCCGUAACUCAACCGCUGGUAUACAGCCGACGACGACGUAGCAAAAGAUUAGCCGGCUUGAUGAUUGUCGCUGUAUGGGUGCUGGCCGGCGCUAUCACCAGUCCACCGCUGCUCGGAUGUUUUCCACGUGCAACGAAUCGUGACAAGAAAAAGUGCUCGUAUAAUAUGGACUCUUCGUACGUGAUAUUUUCCGCGAUAGGUUCCUUUUUCCUGCCGAUGCUGGUGAUGCUUUACGUUUACGGGAAAAUAUCCUGCGUGAUUGCCAGCCGACACAGAAACCUCGAGGCUACGGAAAACGAAAAUAUUCGACCGCGUCGCAACGUUUUGAUCGAACGAGCAAAGAGUAUCAGGGUACGAAGAACGGAAUGCGUGACCAGCAGCGUGGCCUGUGAUAGAUCAUUGGACGAAGCGGAACCACCGAGCACGAGCAAGAAGUCAACGAUCGUUCGCAGUCAUCAACAGAGUUGCAUCAACAGAGUGGCCAGGGAGACAAAAACCGCCAGUACUUUGGCAGUAGUCGUAGGUGGAUUCGUGGCGUGUUGGCUGCCGUUCUUCAUUCUCUACCUGGCCACCCCAUUCGUGCCCAUGGAGCCACCGGAUAUCCUAAUGCCAGCCCUAACUUGGCUAGGAUGGAUUAAUUCGGCCAUCAAUCCAUUCAUUUAUGCAUUCUAUUCGGCCGACUUCAGACUUGCAUUCUGGCGACUGACGUGUCGAAAAUGUUUCAAAAGUAGAACCAAUUUGGAACGUAGUAAUCGAAAAUUACCAACUCCGGCUAACUGGAAGAAAGAAACAUCAAGAACGUGA